AUUUCAUAUGAAGAUUCAACUCAAAACACAGACUUACUGAACCUGAAAUGGAUCAAGAAAUUGAAUGUUAUGUGCACACGCAGGUCCCUGUGUUCAUCACAACACAUCUGGAGAGCUUAUGAAAUGUCCUGCCAACUCCUAAUUUCACCCCUUAAUUUUAAAGUGAGCUGGAUUUCAGUUCUUACAGGAAGUUUGAAAGUCAGCCAGUGGAAAUGGAAAGCAGUAACGGACCUGCAGAGCUGGAGCAGGUGCCUGAUGGCUGAGAUGCCGCUCGUGAGAGCAAAGCUGAAGGAGCAUUGGCCACCCAGUGAAGAUGACCUGAGGAGUCUGUUCCAGGACAGGUAAUGCAUUUCCGUUCCAGUUUAAACAGCCUUUUUAGAAGGUAUGUAACAGUGUUAGAAGCAGCGACUAGGAGCCAGGAGUGCUUUUUCCUGGGUGAGUGUCUCUCCAGGGGACUGUGAAGUCAAGUUGCUCUUCGCUCAUCCUCUGGCCCUGUGACAUUUGUAUUUCUUGCUCUGUGGUUGCUGUCUCCAACACAGAUAAAUCUGUGUCGUGCUGCUGAGGCCACUCUCCUGAGAAGCAGGAGCUUGAAAGGUCAUGAAGACCGUAAGACCUGGCUCAAGCUUCUCUGCGGUAUCUGAGAAAAGGAAUGUCCUCACCUGAGGAACAAGAGAUUGGGAGUGGCUCUUGGCUGGGUGGAUCUUGCCGUGCAAAGCGCUCCAGGAAAGGAUGAACCUGGGAUGAAAAGUCUUGGAUGGAUCCUGCUUCCAGUUCCUCUUGGUUUGCUUGUCAGAUUCCUAGCACUUGACUACACAUACUUCAGAUAUUCAGCAGAACAGGCAGAUCACAGAGAUCAAGCAGCAGGUGGACCUGAGAAAUAAAGCAUCAAAAUGACAAGACACAACUGACUCCAAGAGGCAGCAGCAGCUAAUACGGAUUUUACUGGGCGUCUUCAGAGUUGGGAAGUAGAAUCUGUCAAGUCAAGUAAUUGAAAGGAAAUAAGGGUUAUUCCAGGGACUUACAAUAAGGCCUAUAGGAAGCAAGCAAUAUAAAAACGCUUCCUUCUGCUCCAGAGGAUGUAUUUUGAAAUUGUCCAUUUGGACAGCUAUGGCCAAAGCAGAGUGUAAGGGAGCACUCGGAAAGAGAGAGGCUCUGCAAGAAAAUGCCUACCAUCAAAUUCCUGCCCGUUUUGUCAAGCUCUAGCACCUGUGAAGAGCUCCGCUUUGGAAACACGCCAUAAGCAAGACGUCGUGAGCUGAGCUGGAUUGCCCCAAAGGGAAGUGUUCUUUAUGAGGAUGUGUCUAGAUUUUUUAGGAUGGAUUUGGAGUUUUGGUUGAUGGGAAAACCGUGGCCAUCCAGGGGAGGAUGCAGCAGGAAUGACGGCCGGGGGAAAAAGUCAAUGCAGUCUACAGCCAUGCAGCGCUGGCCUUACCGUGCUCUCACUGAUGCCAGUGGCAUCUCUUCCCGUUGUACUGCAGGAGAUCAUCGCGCCGAAGGCUCAGCGCUAGCGACCGAAGGGCAGCGGUGUGAGAGAGCUGCUGUAUUAAUGCCGUUGCCUGGGAAAACUCUGCGGACACUGCUGCAGAAUCUCGAGAAGUGGUCUGUGGAAGUUAUUUGGAGUUGAAGAUAUAUCUCCAUGUAAUUAAAACAAGAGAUUAAUUUGAGACAGCUGCAUUGUCCCCAUCGUCAUUGUCCCACACGCAGCAGCGGAGAGGGGUUUGAAUAUGGGCGCUGAGCAGCACGCUGUGACCACGGCAGAGAUCCCCGACCACGCUCUUUACACGGUUGGAACAUGCGUCCUCGUAAUUGGCACUAUUGGCAUCAUAGGAAACCUCCUCGUUCUCUACGCCUUUUACAGCAACAAGAAGCUGAGGACGCCACAGAACUACUUCAUAAUGAAUUUGGCUGUGAGCGACUUGCUGAUGUCUGCUUCCCAGGCGCCCAUCUGCUUUGUCAACAGCUUGCACAAAGAGUGGAUUCUUGGAGAUAUAGGUUGCAACUUGUACGCGUUCUGCGGGGCGCUCUUCGGGAUAACCUCGAUGAUGACGCUGUUAGCCAUCUCCGUCGAUCGCUACCUCGUGAUCACCAAGCCCCUGCGGUCCAUGCAGCGGACCUCCAAGAGACGCGCCGCGCAGAUCAUCGCCCUCGUCUGGCUUUACGCGCUGGGGUGGAGCGUGGCCCCGCUGCUGGGGUGGAGUUCCUAUGUGCCUGAGGGCUUGAUGAUAUCGUGUACAUGGGACUAUAUAACCUACUCCCCUGCAAACAGAAGUUACACCAUGAUUUUAUGUUGCUGCGUGUUUUUUAUUCCCCUGGUAAUAAUAUUCCAUUGCUAUUUAUUUAUGUUCCUGGCCAUAAGAAGUACUGGCAGAGCUGUCCAAAAGCUAGGGUCCUGCAGUCGGAAAUCCUACCUCUCUCAGUCCAUGAAGAAUGAGUGGAAACUGGCAAAAAUUGCUUUUGUGGUCAUCGUUGUAUUUGUCUUAUCCUGGUCUCCUUAUGCUUGUGUCACUUUGAUUGCCUGGGCAGGCCGCAGCAACAUCUUAACGCCAUACUCCAAAUCUGUGCCAGCUGUUAUUGCCAAAGCUUCUGCAAUCUACAACCCCAUCAUAUACGCCAUAAUUCACCCAAGAUACAGAAAAACCAUCCACAAUGCUGUUCCCUGCCUGCGGUUCCUAAUACGGUUGUCGAAGAGCGAUCUCCUGAGAGGCUCCAUAAACGAGUCGUCGUCGUUCAGGGCCUCUCUCUCCAGUCACCAGUCUUCUGCUUUCAGGACCAAAAGUACUUGCGUUUCAUCGGUUUCCACUGGAGAGGCUAUCUGGAGCGAUGUAGAGCUUAACCCUGUAGAGCCAGCUAACAAGACACUACAGCCUCACCGAAGUCACUCUUUUUCAACAACUGUGAGACAGGAGAAGAGGGACCUGCUCCCAAAGACCCACAGCUGCAAUGCAGUAACUGCAGAAAAGGUUUCGCUUUCCUCCAGCUGUUUGGAGAAGGUGGUGGGGCGAUCAGUGCUACGCAGCCCCCCUGAAACGCUCGUGGCCAGUUCCCUAAAAGCAGCUUCUCUGCCCGUUGGUUUGAAUACCAGCAGUAUCGCCAAAGGAGGAGAUGCAGGUGCUUCACAAACGGAAACUCAAAUUAAUGGAGGCCUGGACUCUAUCGUUAGCAAUACCGUCCCUCGCAUCAUUAUCAUUCCUACCUCUGAGACCAACCUGUUUCAAGAGGAACUGGAAAAUGAAGAGGAAGAGCCUGAAUUAUUCCACUUCAAUGACAAAAAGAGCAAUCUGCUGGACUUAGAAGGACUGAGCUCUUCCACAGAGUUCCUCGAAGCGGUUGAGAAGUUUCUAUCAUAAUAUGUGGAAAGAAAACUUUCCAGUAAUUAUUUUCUUGGCGUCUUCUCUGCUUAAUUAUACCAAAUAGCUGCAGCCUUGUAGGUUAGAUCAUCAGACUUUUUGUAUGUUUAUAUGGCAGUCACUAGGCAGCCUUCAGAUUUGCCUUUGUCCAGACGGGUCUGGGCAUGGGAAGAGGCUUCCAGCUUGCGCUGCAGGAAACGAGCAGAUGCCAGGGCAGCACCCUGGCAUCUAUAGCCACGCGUGUCAAUGCCAGUGGAAGGAAAAAUAAAUGAAAGAGAGCACUAGCAGCUGAAUACUUCUGCUACCUAUAAGGAACAGCAUUCGUGUUUUGGCAGCUUUCUUCUGGGCAGUGACAGGAAGCACGGGGAGUGGACAGGACCACAGCUUCUGCUGGGCCCAACAGUAGUCCAAACAGCGAGAAAAUCAGAACUAUCUCUUAAUCAAAUUUUUUUCAGAUUUUUUUUUAAUAAGCAGCUUGCUAAAUUUAAAUAGACAGACUGGUCGUGCAGCUGCUUACUUACACAGUUUAGUGGUAGAAGUUUGGAUUUUACCUCAGUGUUAGUACAACCACCUGAACGUCAAAACGCAAGGUGCUGUAUACAAUGCUAGCUGUAGAAGCAUUUAGAGCACCUUCAGAUUUACAGAGCUGAUUAAAUAUAUAUGGGUCCUAAUGUGAUUAAAAGAGUGAACUUUCACAGCUGGCUUGACAGUUUAUUGGUAGACGUAAAGCCUGGACUGCUAUAUAUCACUUGGUUCUUCAAGGGAGAUUCUUCUCCUCUCCUCUUCUGAAGUACCCCAGGUGGAUGUCUUCUCCUAAGGGCCACUGUAAAACGUCAUUUUGGAGAAAAAGCUCCGUGGUACUGUGGCUACACAGCAGCUUCAGGAUUGUUGUUUGUGGUUAGUGAUUGUGCUUGUUUAUUUGUGCUUCCCUUCACUUAUGCCUCAGGUUCACAAUACCCUCUGAGCAUUUUAUUCCUGAUUGCGUUUGUUCUUUCUUUACUCAUUUCCUCUUUUUAAAGCAUAUCUUCCAUGCCCUCCCUCUCAAUCUCUGACCUGCAAAUGUAGACAGCAAAUUGAACUAUAUUCUUCUCCAAGUAAUAUCAAUAUAACUUAGUAGAAACCAGGAGUUUACCUCCAUCUCUGGCUGUAAUAGUGCGAAUAUUUGGUCCAGUGAGUCUCGUAGCAUUCAGACAUCCAACAAGCACCUGGACUUAUGAGUUUAUGUUCGUAUUUUCAUUUUAUUGCAGUUACUGUAUCAUAGAUUGCAUUGCACAGAGAGCACCGAGAGCACUUCAAAAUUUUCUGUACACGUUGGCUGAUCUGAAGAAGUAAUUUCUCUUUUUUUAUUAUCCUCAUGCAAAAACCAGAUGGAAAUCAUAGAAGCUUUUUUUUUUCAUGACAAAAAAGAUGAUAGAAAUCUUGUUUGCAACUGAAUAGACAGCAGACAGGGUUGAAACACGACCAAAGAACAAACUAAAACCAAAGCAAUGCAGGAGGGGCUGGAAGGCGCCCAAACUCGCCGACCCUGCGGCUCUGUGCAGCGUCAGUAGGACUAAUCUCCGUGAGGACUGAGACUUGCUUCUGGCGUAGGUGGUGCUGUCCUUGGGCAAGCAAAGCUCUGGGGAGUUACAGCGGUGGCUGCUGAAAAAGAGCCGUAUUCUUAACCAUCAGGCUGUCUAUUGCAAUGCUAAUGCUAUCCAGGAGUCGCCAAGGGCUCCUGCGUGCCAGGCUUUCCUCCAGUGCGUGGUCAUAAAUGGGUUAUCCAAUGCUAAUUAAAUACAGAAGUCAUGGAAAAAGGAGGAGGUUUGAUGCUGGGCUAAAUCUAAUGUUCUGCCAAAUCUGAUUCUGCUGAACCUGUCCACUCUGGUGGUUGGGUUUUUUUUCCAUGUCAGCUGUGCAGUCAGUGAGCUUACUUCUGCUUGUAUUUAAUAUCCUGUGUUAGUGGAGCUCCUCUCUUCCCUAGCCAAAUGUUGGGAAGCAAGCAUUCUCAUAAGCCUUCCAACCCCUGUACCUGACUCUUACUGUUGUAAUUCCUCUAAAUAACAAUAACAAAUGUGUUCAGUGUUUCAAGACGCAAAAACAUACCCUGGAGCAGACUUUGCACUGAGUCGUCCACAGACUUGUACUGAUAUGACUGUAGGCAGGAUAUUGCAGUAGUUUCCAUCAGGAUGAAGAGAGUGAGACCUAAAGAAACAGUGAAGAAAUUCCUCUGUAUCCAGACAGUUUUCCCUUCUGCUUUUUAGCCUACAAGGUGACUUCACAGUCCUUUCUUGCACAUGUGCUGGUGCUAGUAAUGUGUCUCAGAAAACUAGUGGGCUUGAGGUAUGCACAAAGAACUGCUUCAUUUUUAUGUCAAAUACUAUUAGUAUUACUAAUACUAAUAUUACUAGUAAUACUAGCAUUACUAUUACUAUUUCAUCUGAAGCCAGCAUCAAGCUGUUUACUAUAUGCUUUAAAUGAUGUAGGCUAGAAUGCCAAAUGAGAUAGCAGGAGAGGAAAAAAAAAAACAAAAAACAAGUGUUAUGAAAUACCAGAUUUAUUACCAUCACUGUGUAAUUUUGCAAAAAUACUGAUUGUGGGUAAAUCUGUCUUAAAUAGCCUACUGCAAUAUGGAAGAACUUUGUGCACUUCUCUGUUGCCAUGUUAGACUAGAUGUCACACAAAAAUGUACAAUAUUAACUGCUGCUUCCCGUUUCACAGAAACAUGUAUUGGUUCACUCGAAUGGAAUAAAAAAUCCUUAGGAAUAAAAUCAA